AUGAGCAAUUCCUCUCAGCUGACUCAAAAUGUUUCUCUCACCCAGAAGAUGGAGCUCCCGAAGGCCGUUUCUGACCAAUGGACAUGCCUAUCUGCCUUCCUCAACAUGCUGUCACUCAGCCUCUCCACAGCACCCCUGCUCAGCAACUACUGGUCUGUGGGCAUACAGAAGGUGCCUCAGCCCCUGUGCUGGAAAUGUCUGCCAGCCAAGUGCGUUGAUGUGCCGGUGCCAUUGCAUGGGAGCAGCGCCGACGCAUCAUCCCAGCAGGUGGCGCAAUACAGCUGGGAGACUGGGGAUGACCGCUUCACCUUCCGUGCCUUCCGGAGUGGCAUGUGGCUCUCCUGUGAGGAAAUCGUGGGAGAUCCAGGGGAGAGGUGCCGAAGUUUCCUUGAACUCACACCACCAACCGAGAGAGAGAUCCUGUGCUUAUCACUGGGAGUCCAAUUCGUCUACAUCGGACUUGAACUCAUCAGCUUCUUCCUGCUACUGAUGGACUUGCUAUUCACGGGGAACCCCGGCUGUGGCCUCAAGCUCAGCACCUUCACCGCCAUCUUCUCCGUCUUGUCAGGGCUUCUGGGGAUGGCGGGCCGUGUGAUGUAUUCACAAGUCUUCCAAGCAACGGCCAACUUGGGUCCAGAAGACUGGAGGCCCCAUGCUUGGAAUCGUGGCUGGGCCUUUUACACGGCCUGGGUUUCCUUUACCUGCUGCAUGGCAUCAGCUGUCACCACCUUCAACACAUACACCCGGCUGGUGCUGGAGUUCAAGUGCAAGCACAGUAAGAGCUUCAGAGGAGCCCCGUCGAGCUGCCUAUGGCAUCACCACCUAUGUUUCCUUCAGGAGCUGGCCUACAGCCCACCCGAGGGGCCUUUGACCAGCUACCCCCAGUACCACCAUCAGCCCGUCCGCUCCGUCUCCGGAGGAGUGGACUUCUACUCAGAGCCACACAAGGAAUUUCAACACGGGACCAGCUGGGAGCCGCAGGAAGAGGCGGCCGGGUCAUCUGCAGAGGAAGAACAGUGUUAG